UCUCUUCUACCAUUAAAAUAUCUCAUUAAGAGCAGAGUGCUGAGAUUGCAAGAAAGUCCUCUAGCUACGGAUGAUCUGGAUUGGGAAUAUGCUAUUAAACACACACUAAGCAGGGGAUUGUUUAUCUAUUAGUUUUUUAUAUGGAUCAGUUCAGCUAAGCAGGGCUUGACAGUGCUGUUUUGCCAUCCACUCCACCAAGAGACCAAACCACAUACUGAAGGUACUGUUAAAAUGAAGGAUGCUCUUCUUGACACAAUAUUCCAAGUAUGUACCUUCCGUAUAUGUGGAAACACCCUGUAUGGGCAAUGUGUCCUCUUCCCAUAGCUGCCUGGUGUGGAAGCUUUGGAGAGCGGUGGACAGUCUCCCAUCAGACAAGUACCAUCAGGUCCACCUCCUGGUUGUGGGGGGACACCCAGACAUCUGGGCCCCCUCCUGGUUCUGGGAGGCCAUCUGGACAUCUAGGUCCCCUCAGGGUUGUGAAGGGUACCCCAAAAUCUGGAUCUCUUUGGGGAGCUGCCCAGACAGUUCUAUCCCCUCCUGGUUGCGGUUGGCACCCCAAACAUCUGGUUCCUUUAGGGUUUUGCAGUGCCACUUGCCCCCCAAUUCUAGGAGCCCAAAGAAGGAACAGCAGUCAGCAGACACCACUAGCUCUCUUGCUAACCUUGCAUCCAGCCACCUGGGUCUCCCCAGCACUGUGGUACUGUCCAGGGGUCCCCAGCUCAGGCCAUAUGUCUGUGUGUGUAUGUCCAUGCCUGAUACUAAAGCACCCUGAGUUCCAGGAGCAUGAUGUCUGCUCAGCCCCCAAUUCCUGACCCAUUGGUGACUUGCAGCACUCUGUGUGGCUGAAUCACUGCCCUCAACUGCGCUGUACAGGGGCAUCCCAAGGUGGGGCAAUACUUGAGGGGCCGGAAGAGGUUGGGGUACACCUAACACUGUCCCCUCCAGCCCAGGGUGGAAUGCAGAUGACCAUCAAGGGGACCAAGGGAAUUUUUGGGUCCCUAACCUCAUGUUCCCCCAGCCCAGGUGGGAUGGCUGAAGAACCAGGGAGCCAUCAGGUAAGAACCCUACAGCCAGGGGAUCCUGACCCACCAUGGCUGCAAGCCCAGGACUCGAUGAUCUGUAAAAAGUCCCCUCCGAUCAGAACUAUUCCAUGAUUCCAUAGCUCUGUUGCAACCGGCUGCCAGGGCCAGGUGUUACCUGGCAACAAGAGAGAGCACAAACACAGGCAGAUGCAUGCCUGCGGCUGGGGCUCAGAAAGGCAGAUGAGGAGGAGGCGGAGGAGGAAGGGGGCUGCUGGCUGCCCACACUCCUAACUUGCCGGGUUCCCUCCGAGCACAGUGUCUCCCAUUCCCCCAGGACUGGUGCUGUGAUUUCAGACAGGGCAGCAGCCAUGGCCUCAGUCAGCAUGUUGCAGCUGCUGGAUGAUGCCAUCGGGACCCCUGAGGUCAACGUCAACUUAGAGGCGCUCCGAAAAUUGCUGAAGCUCAUGUUGGAUCACCUGAGCCUGCUGGGCCUGCAAGACGUGCCCCCCUCAGCUGUGGAGGAGAUCCAGCCUGCCGGAUCAUACCCUGGCCUGCAGAAGGAGGGCAGGACCAAGGCCGGAGCCCAGGGCAUGCGGCAGCAGCCCCAGGAGCCAGGGGAGCAGCUGUCUGGGAAGGACCUGCUGCAGGGGACCAGGAGUGGCUCUCCAGUCACCUCCAUGGCCACUGACGUGGAGAAGACUGAAGCCAAAGAGAGUGGUAUCUCUGAUGUAGAGGCUCCUCCCAGCCCCCAGGGUGCUCCCCUCAAGAUACCCCCAUCCUCCUCUGAGGCCAUAGCUCUAUCCCAGGAUUCCCAUGAAGAUAUGGCUGGGAUAAAGACCACACAGUCCCACAUGGGAGAGGAAAUCCAGAGGAUCAAGGAGGCACUUGGCCAGGCCACAGAUCUCUGUGAGGAUCUCCGCAAAGAGGUCGAUGAAAUGAGAGCCACACAGUCCCACGUGGGAGAAGACAUCCAGAUGAUCCAGAAAGCUCUUGGCCAGCGGACCCUCCAGGAUCCUGCUGGCCAUCCACUGUCUCUCCAUGACCAGUCUGCCCCUACCAAGCCCCACAUUUCAGACAUGGAAACCCUGGGGUCAUGCCCUGAUACCCAGAGCACAACCCCAGGGAUACAGACAGGGACCCCCAGUGCUCAAAGUGGCACCACCGGGACACAGCCUGGAUCCCAAGCAGGCCACCCAGCAGUGGAGAGAAUCACCAGAGACCUGUCUGAGCUCCGGGGCCAGGUGACCUCCCUACAGGGCCUGGCCAGUGACCUGCAGGGCUUGGCCAGUGACCUGCAGGGUGAGAAGGAGAAGAUCAGGCAGCUGGAGGAUGCCCUUGGAAAGCUAUGUGUGGCUGAUGGCAAAGAUGAGACCUCCCAGCUGGGGUCUGCACUGCAGGAGGUUAAACAGGAGCAGAAGGAGCUAAGAGAUGAGCAGAAGGAGCUGAGAGAUGAGCAGAAGGAGCUGAGAGAGGAGCAGAAGAUUACCAAGGCUGCGCUGAAGGAGCUGGUCACAGCCAACCAGCUUAAGGAGAAGCUGGAUGAGCUGAGGGCGAUGGUGGGGAGCACAGGGCAGAAGCAGGCAGAGGCAGCAAGCCCUGACCACAGGUCAGACACUGAGGUGCUGAAGAAGCUCCUACACGACUAUGAGAUACUCCAGGAGCGAGUGGACUCCCUGGCACCACAGCAGGUGCAGAGGUCACUGCCACAGAAGAGCCAGCAGGAUGAGGAGCUGCUGAAGAGCAUCCAAGCCACAGUUGUGCGGGUGGAAGGGGACUGUGAGCAGCUUGGCUAUGUCACAGGGAGCCUCCGGGAUGACCAUCGCCAACAGCAGAAAGAUAUCGAGGCUCUGUUCCGGUCCCUGGAGAAUCUGGAGAAGAAAGCAGAUAAGGAGGACCUGCUGCUGCUGAAAGACGACAAAGCCGCUCUGGGCAGCAAAGUCAGUUGCACCCAAUUUGAGGCAAGCAUGGAGAGUCUGGAGGAGAGGAUGCGGGAGAUGCUGAAACGGGUGUUGGGCCAGGAGCAGCGCUGGCAGGAGGUCCACCAGCAGCUCCGUGAUGCACUGGACUCCAAGGUACAGGGUGCCUUGUCCCCACUGCACAGAACUGGCUCCUUUGGGAUUUUGAAGCUCAAGGCAGCAUCCCUCCAAGGAUCCCCAUCCUGGCUUUUCCCUGGGGACCACCAUGUUUCAUCCUGGGGCAGCUGUCUGAGGGUGUGCAUCUGCCCACAGCUGGAUCGCCUAGAGCUGGGACCUUUCCAGAAGCAGCUGGAGGAGAUCUGGGGGAGGAUGAUCAAGGAGCUCAAGGACGAGAUGUCAGUCUCUGCAGAUGACGCUGCAGGAAUUAAGCAGCAGCUGCUGGUCCCUUACAAGUGCCUAUCCUGUGACCGGGACCUCAACAUGCAGGUGCCUGGCCCGCACAUUGACACACUCCCGUUCUAUCCACCGCUGCCCAUCAGCCAUGCUGCAUACCCCACUACCAUCAUCACAGAGGAGCAAGCACAACAGCAUGGUUACAGGAAGCUGCCCAAUGGCAGGUCCCACCCCAAGCUGCAGAAUGGCAGGGGCCAGUACACGUCCAAUGCACAGCUGAAGGAUGUCCUGUGGCUCUCCAAAAAGCCUGGUGUGACCGAGCUGCUGGGUGCAGAUGACCGCACUGAUCACAGUCAGAAGCACAGGCCUAAGGUGGCAGUGAGGGCACAGGACAAGCUGGGCCCUACCACCUUACUAGAGCACCGCCCAGCCUCGGACCCCAGCCACUGACCCCUGGCACAAAUGGCAUUUGCUGCAAACCUAGUCCCCCCAGAUGAAGCACCUGGACAGCCAGCACCUGGGCUGGGACAGCUGCCCAAAGAAAAGGGAUUUCUUCUCAAGUUAAUAAAAAAAACAAAAAUUAACCUCUUGUUGUUUCAAAUUUUCUAAGAUUGAUUUCAAAACUACCCUCCCGCCCUCUGCCUCAGAGCUGCCACUGCAAAGCUGGCCAGGUACC